AUGCUUCCUUUCUCCUUCGCCAGCAUCGACACCACCGUCCUCAGCCCGCUCAAAGGAAUGGAAACCGUUGACUCUGCGUCCGCGACUGCUGACCACCUCUGUGUUUUGGUUCAUGGUCUGUGGGGCAACCCUUCACACCUGAAGUAUCUAGCGACAGCGCUACGGGAGAGCCACCCUGAACUCCACGUACUUGUCGCCAAGCGCAACUCGGGCAGUUUCACCUACGAUGGCAUCGAGCUCGGCGGAGAAAGGGUCACGAGGGAGAUUGAGGAGACACUGGAAGAGCUGGCGAAGAGCGGACAGACUAUCAAAAAGCUGAGCGUCGUCGGCUACUCUCUGGGUGGACUGGUCGCAAGAUAUGCCAUCGGCUUGCUUUAUCACAACGGUUGGUUCGAUAAGCUCGAGCCAGUGAACUUCACCACGUUCGCAACACCUCAUCUGGGCGUUCGAACACCCUUGAACGGAUACCACAACCAUAUAUGGAAUGUCCUCGGCGCCCGCACUUUGUCCACCUCUGGCAGGCAGCUGUUUACCAUCGACUCGUUCCGAGAUACCGGCCGGCCGCUACUAUCAGUCCUCGCAGACCCAGAUAGUGUCUUCAUCAAGGCGCUCGCCCAGUUCAAACACCGAAGUCUUUACGCCAACGUAGUGAACGACCGUUCGGCCGUCUACUAUACAACCGGCAUCUCCCGAACUGACCCUUUCGUCGACACCAGCGCCCUGAGGAUCAACUACGUAAAGGGCUACGAGCCUGUCGUAAUAGAUCCGGACAACCCAGUUUCCGCCAAGGAAAACAGGCUUCUUCCCUCAUUCACUCAACGGCUUGCCGGGACAUCCAAGACCGCUCUGUCAAAGGUGCCGCUUGCGGCUUUCCUCGUAUUAUUCAUCCCGGUUGGCGCCGUCCUGUUCCUAAGUAACAGCCUCGUCCAGUCUUUCCUCAGCCGGAAGCGUAUUCGAUUGCACGAGGAAGGCAAAGCAGGAAUUGGUGCUGGGAUGUACCGUAUCCCGCUCAUGGCGCGAGCAGAACGAGUGUUUGAGAAUAUGAACCAUGCUCAGAGCUCCGAGUACCUCUCAGCGGGUGGCGAGGGACUUUCUUCAUCAGCCAGCUCUCCACAGUCUGCCAGGCGUCAGAGGAAGAGUUCGUCACAAUCUGUGGAGAAGAGUGCUUCAGCCGCUGAAGAUGGAGACGCCUCUGCUCCGUCUCCAACACAAACGCAGAGAUUGGAGUUUCCAACGUUGGCUCUGACAAAGGAGCAGUUCGAGAUGAUCGACGCCCUCGAUACGGUUGGAUGGCGGAAGUAUCCGGUGUAUAUUCACAACGUUGCACACUCACAUGCUGCCAUAAUCGUAAGGAGACAGAUGAAGAUGUUCGAUGAAGGGAAGAUUGUUGUACGGCAUUGGUUAAGCGAGUUUGAAGUUUGA